UGAUACAGGUUCUCUUUCCGCCUUCUCGUCGAUCCUGGGAGUGGGCAUUUUUGAGAAAGGACUUUCCCUGCUUUGUAACGCAGUCGAAUUGGAAAAGAUGAUUCUACUGGAAAUAAACAAUUCAAUUGUUGAAGAUGCAUUGAGACUUCGCUUUGGCGGGGGAAAAGCUGAAUCCAUUGACAUAAAAGUUGCAGAUUUUGAUGGUGCUUUGUAUCAUUUAUCAAACCCAGAAGGUGAUAAAACAAAAAUUCUGGUCAGCAUUUCGUUGAAAUUCUAUGGUGAGCUUAGUAAACAUGGAGCAGAUGAGCUACUGAAGAGCAUAUACGGGGAAUACAUGACACAACCAGAGCCAGGCUUCAAUGUUUCUUUGCUUUUUGAUCUAAAUGCAUUGCCAGAAGAUAAAGAGGGACUGAUAAAAAAGGUUGGAUUGCUUAAACGCAACUGCUUUGCAUCUGUUUUUGAAAAAUACUUCGAUUUAGUUGGAAAGGACGAAACACGGGAGAGGGCAGUUAUUAAUUACCGAGACGAUGAAACAUUGUAUGUUGAAGCAAAGGCUGACAGAGUAACUGUGAUCUUCAGCACCGUUUUCAAAGACGACGAUGAUGUCAUCAUUGGGAAGGUCUUUAUGCAGGAAUUCAAAGAAGGAAGGAAAGCAAGCCAUGGCAGUCCACAAGUUUUAUUCAGUCAUAAAGACCCACCACAGGAAUUGCAAGGGACAGACGCCGCUAAAGGGGAAAAUAUUGGUUAUAUAACCUUUGUUUUGGAACCAAGGCACACAAAUGAAAAGAUUCGGGAGAAUACAAUAAAUCUGAUUCACACAUUCAGAAACUACCUGCAUUACCACAUCAAAUGCUCCAAGGCCUAUCUCCAUUCUCGAAUGCGCGCUCGCACUUCCGAAUUCAUUAAAGUUUUGAAUCGUGCCAGGCCAGAAAAGGUUACUGAAAAGAAAACGAUGAGUGGAAAGACUUUCAGCAGAAACUGAUUCAUUAUUGGGCUGAUUUUCAAGAACUUGUUAGAAACUUGCGAUGUAUUUUAACCCUGUGCAACGGAGACUCGAACUGAUGAACAAUUGAUGUCAACCGAGCUUCCAUUAAUUUUGCAACUUAAUCAUUCUUGUCAUAUUUUUUAGAUGUAUGAAGAACCUUUUUUGCGAAAA